AUGUGCCGCUUGCUGGUCGUCAAGGCCGAGGAGCCAAUCCAGCUGAGCCAGCUCUUGACCAAGCCGGCGCACAGCAUCAUCAACCAAGCGUCAGACUCCCGCCUCCGCCUCGAUGCAGGCUCUAUCAACGCAGAUGGCUUCGGUGUGGGAUGGUACCCGACAGACGAGGCGCCCGACAGUCCAGGACCCUGCGUCUUCCGCUCAAUCACCCCGGCGUGGAGCAACCUCAACCUGCACCGGCUGGCGGACAAAAUCAAGAGUUGCCUCGUCUUCGCGCACGUCCGUGCCUCCACGACCGGCGCACUGAGCGAGGAAAAUACGCACCCCUGGACCUACGGGAACCUCGUCUGGAUGCACAACGGCUGCAUCUCCGACUUCGCCAAGAUCAAGCGAAGGCUGCAGAACGACCUGUCGGACGAGUACUUUCAGGUCCCCCAGGGCAACACCGACUCGGAAUGGGCGUUUGCUGCGUUCUUGCAGCAGCUGUCGAAGCUCACCGACCCGAAGAAGGCGACCAUCCCGCAUGCGAUCCUACGACAAGCAAUGCUGAACACGGUCGCCGUCCUGACAGCCUACACGAAGGACGUUGGCGCGACAGAGCCGUCCUUGAUGAACUUCUGCGUUUCUGACGGCACCUCGGUUGUCGCGACUCGCUACAUCACCUCAGCGAACGAAGAAGCCGCCUCGCUGUUCUUCUCGACGGGUUCGACGUUCCAGGAGGUCGAGCCCGGAACAUUCAAGAUGAACAAGGCGGACAAGCGGGAACGGAUUGUCUUGAUUGCGAGCGAACCUCUCACGUUUGAGCGCGCCGACUGGGUCGAGAUUCCCAGCCAAUCGUGCAUAGUCAUCACGCCUCGAAUCAACCUCCUCCGCUACCCCAUCGUCAACGAGUUCUUCCAGCCUUCCGCAACCUCGCACCGAGCCGACGGCUUUGCUCGAGCCAAGGGCUACCGGUGGGCGCGACCGCAGGCUGUCGAGGCGAACUAG